CUCUUUCACUUUGCAGUUUUAAAACUGAGGCGUUACGAGCUUAAUCACCACAAUAAAACCUAAAGCUCAACCUGCUGCUGAUCUUCAGUUUCAGGGAAGUUGGAGGAGACGUGACUCUGUUAGAUCUGUUUUUUUUUUGUUGGAGAUAUUUCAUCUUUUUUGUGUGACAAGGAAGCGUCUGUGUUGAGUCCGGGUGAUACCUUAAGCAGAGAGCUCAAGAAUAUUCCGUGGCAGUCAUCACACCCUGCUGUUCUGACUUAAUUACAUUACUUCAAGAAGUUUCACUUUCAGUUUUUCCGAUCUUCAGUCCAUCAUGAACAGAGUUCAAACAGUGACGAAUCAGAGAGACACAGACCUGCAGUCAGACGAGGAGGACGUCGGCAUCCUGGAGAUGAGUUCUUUCAGACUGUUCAUGCGUGGAUUACGGCGUGCCUUUCUUGCCUUCGUCGUGGCUCCCAGUCAGAUGUUGAUGAAGGAAGCAGAAGAAAAGUGCAGGAAUCCAACAGUUGUGAAGUGGCUCAGAGACAAUUCAUGGUCUAAAGACUUCUCCAAUCUUGAGGUGAUCUUUAAUUUCUUGAAAGAAAAGAUUGAAGUGGAGGAGAAGAAGGACCACAGCAACACUGUGGACAUUACAUUUAUUGCUCAUGGAGCCAUCAGAGAUGUGAUGAUUCCAGCCUGCUGUCUGCUACCUUUGCCCUCCAUCACGGAUGUGGUCCUCUAUGCUCCCUGGAAUUCCCUGUCUUGUGGUUUAGGGUACGCCAUGGCCACAGGAAGACUCAAACCCCACCACAGAGUUUUUGUCUCUAAGACAGACAGCAGCCGUGAAAUUCCUGCUCCUGACAAACUCCCCAACCACUGGAACUCCAUGAAGGAGGCUGGAGAACAGAAGAUCCCCAACAUCACCGUCAGUCCUCUGAGGUCUGAUGAUGGAGUGUGGGAAUAUUACCAAGACCUGCAGAAAAAACACGGACCACCAGGAAGAAACCGCAUCAUGAUUCCCUUCAUCUUCCCAGAGAGCAUUGGAAGCGUCCCGUUCUCUGUGGUCAGCCUCGCUCUGUCUCUGGUGCUGGACUCCUCCAGAUUCACAGCCACUGUACACUUAAGUUGCUGCCUUGGCGAUCAGUCCAGGGGUCAGAAGUUCGAUCUAGAGUACCUGAGGAGUCAGUAUGCUUAUGCCAGCGAUAAUGUCAUCAUGAAGGUUUCCGACAACGCUUACACUGAAUCCUGGCCGCACCUUGUCAGACGCUGGGUUGGUUAAAAUUCAAAGUUUCACAUCCCUGAACUGUAGAUCCUUCUGUCUGACUCACCUGGACUGAAACAGAAGAUUAUUUUACUCUACUGACCUUUUCAUUUUUUCCUGUCUUUUUCAUUGUUCUUGUUGGUUUAUUUUUCAUGUACGUUGAAUUAUGUUGUACUGGAAAAAAUGUGUUUAAUUUUUUGAAAAUUGAAUUGAAAUGAGGACAGUUAUAAUGAGUUUGAAUCAAGAACAGUUCUGUGCUUUAAUUUAACACACUUCAUAAAUACAGUGUCACUGAUGGUGUGAAAGUUUCAGCAUUCUUACCUGUAAUGCUGCUCUGUGUUCCUCAAAUUGCCCAGUGGGGACAAAAAACAAAGCAAAACAUGAUUUGUUCAUUUACUCGACGUUUUCCCGUGGUAAACGUUCCAACUUUGUCUUCUUGAAAACAGGCAAAAAUUCAACUUUCUGAAAAUGCUGGUGGUCCAUUUCCCUGAGUGUAGACCGUAGAAAUGCUUCUCUGGUGUCUGCGUAGCAGAGCUCAGUCGAUGGCAGUAAGAACAAUGUUUACCUCCAGAGUGUCAUGAUUCCCAGUCCAGAUUCUCCUGGACUUGGUAUUUUUAAAGUUCAUAGUCAAGGUAAUAAUAAUCCAACUUGGUCGUCUGUUCAACGUCCAUUUACUGACCACUGUUCAUGUUUAUUACAGAUUGUUCUCUGCAUUUCAAACAGAACAGAAAAUACUUUAAUUGUUACACCCUGUGCCUCUGCGGCCAUGUGGGGGCGCUCGGAGUGGUUUUGUUUUGUGCUUCCCUGUCUCACCUGUUUCUAUCUGCUCCUCAUGUUCUCCUGCCUGCUCACCUGCCUCAUUAUCGCCCUAAUGUGUGGCGCCUGUGUCUCCCCUAUUUCAGCUCUGCUCCCCUCACUUGUCUUGUCGGUUCCUUGUGGGACUGUCUGCGUGUUUCUUUUCCCCGUACCUGCACCAGCGCUACUCUGCCCUGAGAUCCUGUGUAUUUGGAAAUA